AUGCUUAUAGGAGGAAAAACUGUAUAUGUUGGGCCUUUUGUUACACGAUCAGAAAGAGAAAAUGCUGGAGUAAAUAGAUAUACAAAUUUAUAUUUAAAAAACCUACCGAAAUGUUGGGGAGAUGCAGAUACACUGCGGCCUAUACUAUCACCCUUCGGUGAGAUCACGAGCUUACUCGUGAAACAAGACCCCAAGGGCCGUCUCUUUGCUUUUUGUAAUUUUGCUGAACAUGCAGCAGCUAAAGCUUGUGUACAAGCACUCAACGGAAAGAUAGUUACUCCAGAGGGUUUCAAGGAUACCUCAUCAUCCUCUGCUGCUGCUGCUGCUGCUGGCGGUGCUGCUGCUGCAGCAGAUGAUGCUGCAGCAACAGCAGCAAGGGAAACUUCAACUGCAGAAGGGGAAACAGAAGAAACUUCACCAGCAGCAGCAGCAGCAGCUAAAGCUAAGGAUGCUGCUGCAGCAGCAAAUAGCAGCAGCACGAACGGCAGCAACAGCACAAACAGCAGCACAUCGAAUGGUGUUGCAGCAGCAGCAGCAGAAGGUGGCGACAGCAGCAACAGCAGCAGCAGCAGCAGCAGUGACGAGAUGGUAUUGUUUGUGGGUCCUCACCAGUCUCGAGCUCAGCGUGCUGCAGCAUUACGUAUGAAAUAUGAGCAGCAGCAGCAAGAAAGAGGAGAAAGAUAUAGAGGAGUGAAUCUAUAUGUAAAGAACCUAGACAACAGCGUUGACGACGAUAAACUAAGAGAGUUAUUUGAGCCUUUUGGCCCCACAAGCAGCGUAAAGGUGAUGAGAGAUGAAAAAGGAAUAUCUAAGGGUUUUGGUUUUGUUUGUUUUGUUUCUCCGGACGAUGCAAGCAAAGCAGUAGCAGAGAUGCACUUAAAAUAUAUAAACGGGAAACCCCUAUACACCGGGCUAGCAGAGAGAAGAGAGCAGCGGUGGCAGCGACUGCAACAAAGGUUUAGGAUGCCGCAGAUACGUCAGGGUGCUUCUGCUGCUGUUCCUCCUCAUGUAGGUUAUCCUGGUGCUGCUGCUGCUGCUGCUGCUGCUGCUCUCCCUGGUGUUGCUGCUUACCAGCAGCGCGCAAUGAUGUAUCCAGCACAGUCUCAUAUGGCUGUGUUGCCGUGGGCGGGUAGACAGCAGCAGCAGCAGCAGCUGCAGCAGCAGGGGCUAGCACUACAGAGAGGCAUUCCUCCUGCUGCUCUGCAGCACAUAUACGCUCCUCAAUCUGCUGUUGCUGCAGCAGCAGCUCUUCAAGUAUCACUGCAGCAGCAGCAGCAGCAACCUAUAAUGCAGCAGCAACGAGGAGCACCUGCACACAGAGCACCUAGAGGAGGAGCAGCAGGAAGCGCGAAGCAGCAGCAGCAGCAGCUAUUGAAGCAGCAGCAGCAGCUACCUGGUGGUGGUUCAUUUAAAUUUACCCCACAAGUAAGAAACCCCCGUGUAGAGCAGCAGCAGCAGCCGCAGCAGCCCCCACCACCUCUGCAUAUACAGCAGCAGCAACAGCAGCAGCAGCAACAGCAGCAACAAGGCCCACCAAUCGACGCAGCUCACGUUCUUCUUUCCCCUGAGGCACCACUAACAGCAGCAGCACUAGCAGCAGCACAGCCUAGCAUGCAAAAACAAAUGCUAGGGGAGAGGCUAUUCCCCCUCAUCGCUCGCCACCAGCCAGAGCUAGCAGGAAAAAUAACCGGAAUGAUGCUAGAAAUGGAUAAUAGCGAACUGCUUAUUUUAUUAGAAAGCGAAAAUCAAUUAAAAAAUAAAAUCGAAGAAGCGUUGGGGGUACUCAGAGGGGCUAACUGA